AUGUAUCCAGCAUUCGCGUUCUUCGUCUUUGCAUCUGUCCUCGCACUGGCAUGGCGGUGGUCAACCAGAACAGAUAUCCCCAAGAUCAAGAACCUGCCUGAACUUCCGGGAGUGCCUAUCUUUGGAAGUCUACUUCUCCUGGGCAAACACCACGCGAGAAAUUGUGCGAGGCUAGCCAAGACAUACGGCGACGUGUUCCAAGUGCGUCUGGGGAACCGGCGAUUCAUCUACGCCAACUCCUUCGAGGCGGUCAAGGAGCUGUGGAUCAAGAAUCAGUCAGCGUUGAUCUCCCGGCCAAAGACGUGGACGUUCCACGACGUCGUCUCCGAGACUCAGGGCGUGUACACGCUUGGCACGUCGCCUUGGAGCGAGUCUGUCAAGCGCGCCCGAAAGGCCGCCGCCACGGCGCUGAACAGACAGGCCGUCCAGACGUAUUUGCCCUUCAUUGACCUCGAGUCCGCGAGCAGCCUGAACGAGCUGGCUCAACAAGCGAAGCAAGGCUACGACAUCGACCCGAACGGGUAUUUCCAGCGGUUUUCGCUCAACAUCAGCUUGACGCUCAACUAUGGCAUCCGGAUCCAGGGCGGCGUGCACGACCAGACGCUCAACGAGGUGGUUGCCGUAGAAAGAGAACUUGCAAACAUCCGCGGCAUUGCGCACGGCUGGCAGGACUAUAUCCCCUUGUUGCGCCUCUGGCCGGGAUACAAGAAGAAUGCGAUCCGCUUCCGUGCCCGACGGGACGAGUAUAUCCUGCGCUUUUUCGAUGCUCUCAAGGACCGCAUCGCGGCUGGGACAGAUCAUCCGUGCAUUGCCGGCAAUGUGCUCAAGGAUCCGGAGGCCAAGCUGGCUGAGAACGAGCUGAAAUCCAUUUGUCUGACCAUGGUGGCGGCCGGGCUCGAUACAUUGCCCGGAAACAUCAAUAUGACGAUCGCAUACCUGUCGUCCCCUCAUGGCCAGGAGAUCCAGCAGCGUAUGCACAAGGAGAUCAUUGAGGCUCACGCAAACGAGGAUCCGUGGCACGGGUGUCUUCUAGAGGAGAAGUCUGAGUAUGUCGUCUCCUUCGUCAAGGAGGUCCUCCGCUUCUGGUCCACAUUGAAUCUGUCCUUCAACCGCCAGAGCGUCAAGGAUAUCAACUAUAAAGGUGCGGUGAUCCCGGCUGGGACGCCGUUCCUGAUGAACAUGUGGGCCGCCAACCACGACGAGACGGUCUUCAAAUCGCCGUUCGAGUUCAUCCCUGAUCGGUUUGUCGGCGUUUCCGAGGCAGGUCAAGGGACACAACAUUUCGGCUACGGCGCUGGAACGCGCAUGUGUGCCGGUGCUCACCUGGCGAACCGCGAGCUGUACGCCAUAUUUACGCGGCUGAUCCUGGCGUUCCAUAUCAAGGAGACACCAUACGUCAACGAGAGGCCUAUUCUUGAUAGCAUCGACUGCAAUUCGAUCCCGACCAGUAUGGUGACUCAGCCCAAGCCGUUCAAGGUAAGGUUCAUUCCUAGGGAUGCCGCGAAGCUGGAUCAGUGGCUUCAGGAGAGUUUCGAUAAGACGGCCUACCUUUGA